UUUUCUCUCCUUCUCCAAGAUGGCGGCGGUCGGCUGCGCGGAGGCGGGAUCCGGGCCAUCCGAGUGAAGACCUGGUCCUGUAGACGGGAAGGCGCCUGGACACAGACACAUUCUCAAAGGCCCCGCAGGACCGCCAUGGCUUAUGAUGACGCCGUGAAGAAAGAAGAUUGUUUUGAUGGUGACCACAGCUUUGAGGACAUAGGACUAGCAGCCGGCCGAAGCCAACGAGAAAAGAAGCGGUCUUACAAAGAUUUUUUAAGGGAAGAGGAAGAAAUCGCUGCUCAGGUCAGGAAUUCUUCCAAGAAGAAGUUGAAGGACAGCGACCUCUACUCCUUGGGGACGGACGCGCACAAGAAGAAGAGGAAGCGCUCCUCCGAUGAUUACUACUAUGGAGAUCUUUCGUCUUUGGAAUCGUCACAGAAGAAAAAGAAAAAGUCCAGCCCACAAGCUGCCGAUACAGCUAUGGACCUGUUGAAAGCGAUCACUUCCCCGCUGGCAACGGGGUCCAAACCCUCCAAGAGGACAGGGGAGAAAUCCUCUAGUUCUUCGAGCCAUUCGGAGAGCAGGAAGGAGCACCACAGGAAGAAAGGCGGCGGCGGCGGCGGCGGCGGGGAGCUGUCCGCGGAGGACGGCGGCUCCCACCGGUCCAAGAAAAUGAAGCCGCUCUGUGUGAACACCGAGACCCUGACCCUCCGUGAGCCUGACGGGCUGAAGAUGAAGCUCAUUCUCUCCCCAAAGGAGAAGGGAAGCAGCGCAGCGGAUGAGGAGUCGUUUCAGUACCCCUCCCAGCAGGCCUCUGCUAAAAAGUCCUCCAAGAAAUCCGCUCGGGAUGAGCAAGGUGCUUUAGUCCUGGGACACGAGUUACAGAGCUUCCUGAAGACGGCCCGGAAGAAGCACAAGUCAUCCUCGGACCCACGCUCGUCUCCCGGCCCUGAAGGCUGCGGGUCUGACGCCCCCCAGUUCCCAGAACCCCGCAGUGCUAACCUGGAUCUCUCGGGGCUUGAACCUAUCCUAGUAGAAUCGGACUCAUCCUCGGGAGGGGAGCUGGAGGCUGGCGAGCUAGUGAUCGAUGACUCUUACCGGGAAGUCAAGAAGAAAAAGAAAUCAAAGAAGAGCAAAAAGAAGAAGGACAAGGAGAGGCAUAAAGAGAAGCGUCACUCCAAGUCCAAGAGAAGUUCAGGACUUUCUGCUGCAGUGGCGGGAGAAGUCGCGGUGACCCCCGGGCCUCCUCCCAGCACCCCCUACGCUGGAGCAGCUGCCCCUCCCCCACCACUUCCCAGCCUCCACACGGACGGACACAGUGAGAAAAAAAAGAAAAAAGAAGAAAAGGAUAGAGAGAGAGAAAGAGGAGAAAAGCCAAAAAAGAAGAACAUGUCGGCCUACCAGGUGUUCUGUAAAGAGUAUCGAGUGACCAUUGUGGCUGACCACCCAGGCAUAGAUUUUGGGGAACUUAGUAAGAAACUGGCUGAGGUGUGGAAGCAAUUGCCAGAAAAGGACAAACUGAUUUGGAAGCAAAAAGCUCAGUAUCUGCAACACAAACAGAAUAAAGCAGAAGCUACAACUGUGAAAAGAAAAGCAUCCAGCUCGGAAGGUUCCAUGAAAGUAAAAGCUUCCUCUACAGGAGUACUGUCACCCCAAAAGAAGUCCCCACCCACCACCAUGCUAUUACCAGCCUCGCCAGCCAAAGCCCCCGAGACAGAGCCCAUUGACGUUGCUGCUCAUCUACAGCUGCUGGGCGAGUCCCUCAGCCUCAUCGGACACCGCCUGCAGGAGACAGAGGGUAUGGUGGCCGUGUCCGGCAGUCUGUCCGUGCUUCUGGAUUCCAUUAUCUGUGCGCUUGGCCCCUUGGCGUGUCUGACCACACAACUACCUGAACUGAACGGCUGUCCCAAACAGGUCUUGUCAAACACACUAGACAACAUCGCUUACAUCAUGCCUGGACUGUGACAGCAGAGAAUCCUGGGACAGGAACCUUGUCCUACCCCAUUGCUGGUGUGUGCACAUGGGACUGUUCCAGAGCUCUUCGCUGGCUGCUGGGUGUGGGUUUUAAAUUUUUAUAUACAUAUACAUAUAUAUAUAUAAUGUACAAUAUAUACAUAGGACUGUAACUACUUUGUUUUUAAUAAUCUUAUGAAAUGGCAAAGGUUUAGCCAAGAGGAAGCCUUGGCAUGAAUGUGGGCUUAGGAUUCUUUUUUCUCCUGUGGUGGAUAAAUCUGCCUUAAAAAUCAAUGUAACGUGGGGGCUGGGGGCUUGUUCUGGGUGCCAAGUGCAUCUCUAUAUGGACAGCUCAAAUGUGAUUUUCUUUCCAAGCUCAGUUGUACCUCCAGACCCAUCACCGACCAUUUGCCUUACCUGUCUCACAGUCUGAGAUGUAGUAAUUAAGAUUAUGGGAAGAUGCCAGUUGACUGAAAGUGCAAAAGCUUUCAGCUUGAAGCGUCUUAGGUGGGAGAUGAUAAAAUCAUUCCCAUCUUUGAGUUAUUGCAGUGGCUUAGGUGAACCUAGUGGGGGGUUCCUUCCACUCCCCGCUGUACAGGAGUCCAUGUCUCAAGAUGUGUUGCAAUCAUUGGCAGCCUCAGUAGGGGCCAAGGAGCUCUGUGAGCCCUGACAGCGUGAACUCCCUGAAGAGCGGGAAGCUGUCGAUGCUGGCAGCUCACGCGUUGUGAGCUGGUCCCGAGUCUUUGGCCUACAGAAUGAAGAGCUGGUAUCUUCCCUCGGCAGCGUUCGCUUAGCCACCAGGUCCUCACAGGUUCUGCUUAGUUGUUUGGUGGCUGUGGAAGAUGAACUUCGCCCAGCGGGAUUGUCGGGUGCAUCUUUUUGGCUCCCCUGGUGGGCAGAUACACCGUGUUCUGCAUUCCACACAUAAGUGAAUUGCAAAAAAAGUAGUUGAUUCUCAUGUAGGUUUAUUUAUGUGCGCGUGUGAAUGUGCGUUUUAAUUAUGUGUAUUUAACUCUUUAAAAUCUCUUGGAUUUUAAUUUAUCCUGUAAAUUUCUGUAUAUAUAAUUUAAUAACAAAGCCUCCACCAGCAACAGCAUGUGGAAGAUACAGAUGUUAGUGUUUCCUCCCUUCCUCCCCCGACCUCCUCUGGCAACUCCAAUCAUCUGCAUUUUAAGGUGUUGUGCCUCAGAAAGGAAUCAUUAUGUCAGGAUACUAAUUCUUUAUCAUUGAAUAAUG